AUGUUGUCCCACUAUCGUCGUUUCCUACCUGAUGCCUCGACCAUUCUUGCUCCAUUAAACGAACUGUUACAUAAAAACAUCCCGUGGAUGUGGAAAAGUGAGCAUCAAUCUGCUUUUACUUGUGCAAAGAAGUGUCUUGCUUCCGCACCUAUUUUGGUCCAUUACGAUAGUGAAAAACCGUUAAUCUUACAAUGUGACGCCUCUCCAUACGGAGUCGGAACAGUUCUAUGCCAUAAAAUGUCCAAUGGUGCCAUUCACCCGAUUGCAUUUGCUUCACGAACUUUACAACCCGCCGAAAAGAAUUACUCCCAGCUGGAUAAAGAAGCCCUGUCAGUAAUAUCUGGCGUCGAGGGGUUUCAUCAGUACAUUUGGGGAAACUAUUUCGAAAUACAAACCGAUCACAAACCACUGAUACCCUUGCUGAGCGAGUCAAAGGAAAUCGAGCAGAUGUUUUCACCGAGAAGGCAAUGCUGGGCAUUAAUAUUAGGUGCAUAUAAAUAUCGAAUCUCGUAUAUUCCUGGGUUGAACAAUCAUACAGCGGAUGCAUUAAGCAGGUUACCACAUGCGACCCCAGACGAAACACUGGAGGAACCAUUAGAGCUUGUAAAUCUAAUGCAACACCUCGACACCACUCCAUUGACAGGUGACACCAUACGUCAGUGGACCGAUCGUGACCCAACGCUAUCUUCUAUAGUGCGAUUUACAAAAACCGGCUGGCCUACUACUGUUCCCGUCGAGCUUAAACCUUACGCACAACGGAAAAAUGAAUUGAGCCUUCACGAUGGAUGCUUGUUUUGGGGAUCCCGCCUGAUUCCACCGCUAAAGGCACGGCCGUUCAUCAUAAAGGAACUCCACAACGCACAUCUAGGCGUUGCCCGAAUGAAAGCCUUGGCGCGCGGUUAUUGCUGGUGGCCUGGUCUAGAUACAGAGAUAGAGAACUAUCUAAAAACAUGUGGUUGGUGUCAGCAGUAUCAGUCAAAUAAAGCUCCCGGUCCGGUACACCAUUGGCGUUGGCCUGAAAAGCCAUGGCAGCGCAUCCAUGCGGAUUACUUUGGACCCAUUAAUGGUGUAUUUCUCCCGAUGCUAAUUGACGCUCAUUCGAAAUGGAUAGAUGUUUAUCCCGUUGUCCACCCUACUACAGAGACAACUAUCUCCAAAAUGCGGUCGUCAUUUGCAAUCUUUGGGAUACCGGAGACACUCUGCACAGACAAUGGGUCAUGUUUCACUAGCAAAGAAUUUGAAAUCUUCAUGAAUAGCAAUGGUGUCCAGCAUGUCCGUACAGCUCCAUAUCACCCUGCUUCGAAUGGGCUAGCGGAAAGGGCAGUGCAGACAAUUAAAAGAGGUCUGUCGAAACAAGCACCAGGAACUGUUCAGGCGAGGUUAGAUCGCUUGCUAUUUGCUUACAGGAUAACGCCCUCGGAAGCCAUUGGUAAAUCACCCGCGGAGAUGAUGUUUGGCAGAACGCUCCGUACCAGGCUGGAUCUUCUGUUUCCAAAUCAUAGAGCACAAAUGGAGAAGAAACAAGACAAGGCUGCCGCAUCGCAAAAUAACCACGACUCUAGUUGGCAGCCGGGUGAUCCCGUAUAUACAAGACUUCCCCAUGAGCACUGCUAG